AUGUCGCGCCGCACACAAUUGUCCACCAAAUACCUGUUUCAAGUGAUGGCGCAGCUGUCGGAGAAUUUCAUCUUUAUUUAUCUCGGUCUGGAUUUGUUCGUCGAGCCCAAUCUUCAGUUCAACCCGCUGUUUAUCCUUGUGGCGGUUUUCGGCAUCUGUCUCGCACGCUACCUCGCCGUUUUCCCGCUCUCAAAGGCGAUUAAUUGGUUCAUCCGGUACCGUGCGCGGCGCCGGGGAGUGGAAGUUGCAGACGAGUUGCCCUUCGCCUACCAGGCAAUGCUUUUCUGGGCUGGUCUGCGCGGUGCUGUCGGCGUUGCGCUUGCGGCGGGUCUCUCCGGUGUCAACGCGGCGUCGCUACGGGCCACCGUUCUCGUUGUCGUCGUGCUUACUGUCAUUGUCUUUGGAGGCACCACGGCUCGCAUGCUGGAGAUCAUGGGUAUUCGGACUGGUGUUAUCGAGGAGCUUGAUUCAGACGAUGAGUUCGAUAUCGAGGUCACCAACGGCGGUACCUACUAUAAGCGGUCUGACACCGGUCUCGGCUAUACACCGCGGUAUGGAGAGGCAAACAUUCCUCUCGACGGCGUCGGUGGUGGACCACGCGCCGACCUGGGCGAUCGCGCACACAGCUACUCGAGCGGGAACAAUCGCCGUCCGAGCCCGCCUCACACUCACACGCGCAUGUACUCCACAGCCUACAGUCCCAAAGAUGCACAGGCACGACGCGAUCACUCCUCCACCGCAACCCUGCUCAAUAACGGGAAUGCCGGACCCAGCUCCGGCAGCGCGAGCGACGAUGAAUUCGGCCUGCCACCAGCCGGCAAGAAGAGCAGUCAGCCCACCCAUCCAGACGAGUUCGACCUCGACCUCGAGGGCAUCUCCGACGACGACCUACCGCCCGCUGCCCAUGCAGCGCCCACUUCAUCUCGCAUGCGCCGCUCAGCCUCGCAGGCUAGCCAGCACUCACAUCUUCCUUCCCCUCACAAUGCUGCCACCCCAUCCAGCGUCUCGCCCUCGCGCCAGCCAGCCCUGAGUGCCCGAGAAGCUCUCCGGGAUUUGUUCUCCGGCGGCGCAAGCGGCGACCACGCCGCGUGGUUCCGCCAAAUCGACGAGGACUAUAUCAAGCCCAAGCUCCUACUCGACCAAUCGAAUCACAAGGGCCCGGGUCCGGGAGCUGUUUGA